AUGUUGGCUUCGCCAGAACCAAAGGGCCUUGUCCCUUUCACCAAAGAGUCUCUUGAGCUUAUGAAACAGCGUAUUGCUAAAAAACACAAUGAGGAACAUGACGAAGACUUACAACCAAGUACUGACUUGGAAGUUGGCAAAGAGCUUCCGUUUGCAUAUGGAAACCUUUCUCCAGAAAUGGUGUCAGCACCCUUGGAAGAUGUGGACCCAUACUACAACAAAAAUACUUUUAUGGUACUAAAUAAAAAGAGGACAAUCUUCAGGUUCAAUGCCACUUUCGCCUGUUGUACUUUGUCACCUUUCAGUUCUAUUAGAAGAACAACUAUUAAGGUUUUGGUUCAUCCCUUUUUCCGAUUGUUAAUUUUAAUUAGCAUCUUGACUGACUGCAUAUUAAUGACCAUGACUACUUUUUCAUAUUGGAGAACAAUAUUAGAGAAUACUCUGCUUGGAAUUUACACAUUUGAAAUACUUGUCAAACUCAUUGCAAGAGGCAUCUGGGCAGGACCUUUUUCUUUUGCUGGCGAUCCAUGGAACUGGCUUGAUUUCAGUGUUACUUUGUUUGAGUUCAUAGCAAGAUGUUCAUUUCUAGGCUCCAUUUCAAUGCUUAGUAUUUCAAAAACUUUGAGGAUUUUGAAAAUUAUACCUUUAAAUCAAGGUCUGAAAACUACUGGAACUAUCCUGAACCAUUUUGUGAAGAAAGUUGCUGGUGUCAUUGUUCUAACUCUUCUUUCUCUAAGCAUAUUUUCUUUAAUUGGCAUGGGGCUCUUUAGGGGCAACCUGAAACAUAAAUGUUUGUGGUGGCCUCAAGAAAAUGAAAACGAAACACUGCACAACAGAACUGGAAGCCUAUUUUCUACUCGAGAUGUGGAAAACUUUUAUUAUUUGGAAGGAGAAAGAGACGCUCUCCUUUGUGGUAACAGAACAGAUGCUAGUCAGUGUCCUGAAGGUUAUGUGUGUAUAAAAGCUGGCACAAACCCUGAUUAUGGCUACACAAAUUUUGACAACUUUGGCUGGGCCUUAUUUGCUCUGUUUCGAUUAAUGACCCAGGACUAUCCUGAAGCACUUUAUCACCAGAUCCUUUAUGCUUCUGGGAAGGUCUACAUGAUAUUUUUUGUCGUGGUAAGUUUUUGGUUUGCUUUUUAUAUGGCGAGUUUGUUCUUGAGCAUUCUCACUAUGGCCUAUGAAGAAGAAAAGCAGACAAAUGCUGGAAAAGCUAAGAAGUUUGGAGUCAACUAUCAACAAACUUUAAACGAACUUCAAGAGGGAAAAGAAACAGCUGAGACCAAGACUACACAAAUAGAAAUGAAGAACAGACCAUCAACUUCCACGAGCACAACUGUGGAUAUAUUAGAUGAUGCUGCUCUCAGACAUAAAGAAGAAGUUAAAGACUCCAGGAAGAAAUGUCCAUUAUUUUGCCGUACACUUGCUAAAACUUUCUUGAUCUGGAAUUGUUCUCCUUGUUGGUUAAAAUUGAAAGAGUUUGUCCAUAUGAUUAUAAUGGACCCAUUUACUGAUCUUGUCAUCAUCGUUUGUAUAAUUUUAAACAUUAUAUUUUUGGCGUUGGAACAUUAUCCAAUGACUGUAGAAAUUAGCACUCUUCUCAGCAUCGGAAACCUGGUUUUUAUUGGAAUUUUCACAGCAGAAAUGAUUUUUAAAAUAAUUGCCAUGCAUCCUUCUGGGUAUUUCAAAGUAAGCUGGAACAUAUUUGAUAGCCUAAUUGUGUUCUUUGGGUUAACUGACAUUUUUCUCAUGGAUAAUAAAGGAUUGUCUAUUUUUCACUCACUCAAAGUGCUUCGAAUUUUCAAGCUGGUGAAAUACUGGCCAACAUUUACAAAUCUAAUGCGGACUCUCGGUAACUCAUUGGUGGCCCUGAAAAACUUAAUCCUGUUAUUAUUCAUGUUCACCUUCUUAUGUGCUGUGCUUGGGCUGAAGAUCUUUGGUUCGAGCUAUGAACACUGUGUUUGCAACAUAGACAAAGAUUGUCAACUCCCACACUGGCACAUGCAUGACUUUUUCCACUCCUACAUGAAUGUGUUCCGGAUUCUCUGUGGAGAAUGGAUAGAGACCUUAUGGGACUGCUUGGAGGUGGCAAGUCGAAUUACAUGUAUUCCUUUUUACAUUAUGGUCAUUUUAAUUGGAAACUUACUGAUAUUAUACCUGUUUGUGGCUUUGGUGAGCUCAUUUAGUUCAUACAACUGUACAACAGUUGAAGAAACUUAUGAAGCAAAAAAUGUCCAGCAUGCAGUGGGAAGGAUUAAAAGAGGAGUACAUUAUGUACUUUUUAAAAUAUUAUGCAGAAAACAAAAUGCUGCAAAGGAGACCAGGGGAAAUGUGAAUGAUAUAUAUGUUAAAGAGACUAUUUCUGACAAUACCCUGUCUGAAUUCAGCAACAUCCAAGAUUUCCUCAAGGACAAGGAAAAGAGCAGCGGCACAGGGAAAAACACAAUGACUGAAAAUGAGAAUCAGACACUUAUUCCCAGCCCUAGUGUCUCAGAAACUGUACCAAUUGCUUCAGAAGAAUCUGAUAUAGAAAAUCUGGAUAACAAGGAAAUUCGGAGCAAGUCUGGUGAUGGAAGCAGCAAAGAGAAAAUAAAGCCAUCCAGCUCAUCGGAAUGCAGUACAGUUGAUAUUGCUCUCUCUGAAGAAGAAAUAGUCUAUGAACAUGAAAAGCCAAUGCAUCCUAGAAGUGGUCAUGGACGGAGCUCCUCAUCUGGUCAAAUCAUUAGACAGUCCAAAAAAGGAAAAAUUUGGCAGAAUAUAAGAAAAACUUGCUGCAAGAUAGUAGAAAACAGCUGGUUUAAGUGUUUUAUUGGUCUGGUUACCCUGCUCAGCACAGGUGCACUAGCUUUUGAAGAUAUAUAUAUUAAUCAGCGAAAAACUGUUAAGAUCUUAUUAGAAUAUGCUGACAUGAUCUUCACUUAUAUCUUCAUUUUGGAAAUGCUUCUAAAAUGGAUGGCAUAUGGUUUUAAAGCCUAUUUCACUAAUGCCUGGCAUAGAUUGGACUUCAUGGUUGUUAUUGUCUUUUGUCUUAGUUUAAUAGGCAAAUCUCGAGAAAAUCUAAAACCACUUGCCUCUAUUAAAUUCCUUCGGGCACUGAGAGUUCUAUCUCAAUUUGAAAGAAUGAAGGUGGUUGUAAGAGCUUUAAUAAAAACAACUUUACCUACUGCGAAUGUGUUUCUGGUCUGCCUUAUGAUCUGGCUGGCUUUUAGCAUCCUGGGCAUACACUUAUUUGCUGGCAAAUUCUAUGAAUGCAUUGACCCAACAAGUGGAGAAAGGUUUCCUAUAUCUGAAGUCAUGAAUAAGAGUCAAUGUGAAAGCCUUGUGUUUAAUGAAUCCAUGCCUUGGGAGAAUGCAGAACUGAAUUUUGAUAAUGCUGGAAAUGGUUUCCUUUCACUGCUUCAAGUAGCAACAUUUAAUGGAUGGAUCACUAUUAUGAAUUCAGCAGUGGAUUCAGUUGCUAUAAACGUUCAGCCUAAUUUUGAAAACAGCGUCUAUAUGUAUUGCUAUUUUAUCAACUUUGUUAUAUUUGGAUUAUUUCUUCCUCUAAGUAUGCUGAUUGGCGCUAUCGUUGCUAAUUUCAACAAACAUAAAAUAAAGUUGGGAGGGUCAAAUAUCUUUAUAACAGGACAACAGAAGAAACAAUUCCGUGGACUGAAGAAAUUGCUAUCUGAGGACUCUCAAAGACUGAUACCUCGCCCAAAAAACAAGUUCCAAGGAUUCAUCUUUGAUUUGGUGACAAGUCAUUUUUUUAAUAUCAUCAUCAUGGUUCUUAUCUGUACCCAUGCACUAAGUCUUAUGAUGGAAAGUGAUGAUGGAAGCUUACAAAUGCAAACUGCUUUUUUCUGGAUUAACACAAUUUUUGUUUUGAUAUAUGCUGGAGAAUGUUUACUGAAGCUCAUCUCUUUCCGCUGUUACUAUUUCACAAAUGAAUGGAACAUUUUUGAUUUUAUGGUGGUUGUUUUCUCCAUUUCAGGGCUAUUUCUACCUAUGAUGGUAGGAUACUCUCUUGUAUCUCCAUCCCUUGUUCAACUGAUACUUCUCUCACGGAUCAUCCACAUCCUGCGUCUUGGGAAAGGCCCGAAAGUGUUCCAUAAUCUGCUGCUUCCUUUGAUGCUGUCCCUCCCAGCAGUGCUCAACCUCAGUUUUCUCAUCUUCCUGGUCAUGUUUAUUUAUGCCAUCUUUGGAAUGUACAAUUUUGCCUACGUUAAAAAGGAAGCUGGAAUCAACGAUGUGUCUAACUUUGAAACCUUCGGCAGCAGUAUGCUUUGCAUUUUUCAAGUUACCAUAUUUGCUGGUUGGGAUGGAAUGCUCAGUGCAAUUUUCAACAGUAAAUGGUCUGACUGUGAUCCUGAUAAAAUUAACCCUGGGACCCAGAUUAAAGGAGACUGUGGUAAUCCCUACUUUGGGAUAAUUUAUUUUGUCAGUUACAUUCUCAUAUCAUGGCUGAUCAUUGUAAAUAUGUACAUUGUUGUUGUCAUGGAGUUCAUUCAUACUGUUUCCAAAAAAAAAGCCAAGACUUUGAGUGAAGAUGAUUUUAAGAAGUUUUUUCAGGUAUGGAAGAGUUUUGAUCCUGAUAGAACCCAAUACAUAGAUUCUAGCCAGCUUUCAGACUUUGCAGCUGCUCUUGAUCCUCCUCUUCUCCUGGCAAAACCAAACAAGGGUCAGAUCAUUGCCAUGGAUCUUCCCAUGGCUGUUGGAGACAGAAUUCAUUGUCUUGAUAUCUUACUUGCUCUUACAAAACGAGUUUUGGGUAAAGAUGAAAGGAUGGAGAAAGUCCUUUCAGAGAUAGAAACUGGGUUUAUGUUAGCCAACCCUUUUAAGAUUGCAUAUGAGCCAAUUACAACUACCCUAAAACGAAAACAAGAGGCAGUCUCAGCCACCAUCAUUCAACGUGCUUAUAAAAGUUACCGUUUGAGGCAAAAUGACAAAAAUACAUCAGAUAUCCAUAUGAUAGAUGAGGAGGAGGAAGUUAAAGAUAAAGCUGAGGAAAAGUCAGUUAUUCAAGGCCAAAUCUAA